UUAAAUCAAAUUUUUAACAUUAUUUGAAUCAUAAUAGUGUUUAACAAUGUGAAGCAUAAGUUAUACCAUUGGCUAUAUUAGUUAAAUUUGGGUUAAAUGAGAGACAUUGUAUCCUUUUAUACAGUUUAAAUGUUAAAGUUCUUCACUCCUUAGUUUGUUGGACAGCUGGGGUACUGUGACCUUGUAUUAGGAUAGGUCAUAAGACCAGUGGCUUCUGCUGUACUGGCAAGUUAGUCCAGUGGUACUUUGUGGUCCCAAAUUAUAUUAUCUAGGCUAUUAACUAUAGCCUCUAGAUAUUCAAAACUGCUGAGACAGACAAGUAAUAAUUCUGAGAUUUCAGUUGCAACAAAAAAAAAAGAGUUUAUUUAGAAACAAAAAAAAAAGACCAUGAAAAGUAUAAAUGGAAAUAAAGGCUCACAAAAUAAAAUAAAAUAAUGAAACAAAUCAAAGUAGUAAGACAGGUUCAGGUCUACAUAAUUAAAGAACCACCAUCACAGAGGUACAAUAAUAUCUUAUGUCAAAUACCAAAAAGAUGGUUUACAAUAAUAUCAUACAUGCAUUAACAAUGAAAUGACAUCCUCCAUGAGACACACUACUGUCUGUAUCAAAACAAAAGAUGUCUUUUACAAAAAAAAAAACACAGGAGAGGAUAAGAGACUAAGUAGACAUAUAUUUACAUAAACCAACUUAUUACUAACAAAUAAAUAAAGUCUACUUAACUCAUUAUCGAAACACUCUUCCCAUAACAGUGGCACACUCCUCUUGAGUAACACAGUAAUAGAACAUCAACACAAGUAUUAGAUACACUUUGUAGAGAUAUAGUUCAAACUACACUGGUCAGCUCAAAGACUCCAGAGAGAGUGGCAAUUGUAAACAGUUAACAGGGACUUAAAUCAAGCACUAAAGGGGACUAACUCUUAUUUAAAAUACCGUCCCGAGACAUGACGUUAAACUGCGCUCCUCUUUCCUUAGCACUUUUGGAGCUCAAAAGUGCCCUACUUCUUUUCUAUCAUUGUGUCUGCCUCUUCUUUUCCUAAGUCUGCCUUCAUUGAUCAUCACUCUGUCUCCUUAACUUUAAAUUCUCACUACGUCCUAGACCAGUCCGUUUGCCGUGGACUUCGACGGGUAAGGGGGGAUAAAGAGAUCCUGGUGUUUGAGUGGUGGCUAUCUGAGGAUAAACCACAACAACACAAUACUUUGGCUCCAAGUUCCCCUAGACCAGAGACCCAGAUGGCCUGCUCUGGGUCAACCGGCUGGUCAUGCCGAGCUACCAGCAUAGGUCGUCGACCUAUGCUGGAGGGCGGUGGCUGGAGGGUCAAUCAGGGAGCUGCUGUAUCGGACACAUGUCUGAUGUAGCAGCUGAUUGAGUAUAGCACCUGUGUAGCCCUGGCGGGCUCAUUCUGGACAUCCGAAUGGCCCGUCCCCUUGUUGGACUCGAUGGCGGGUGGGGAGCACAGGUGCCAAAUUAACAAAAAUAUAUAUGGACAAAAAAACACACACAAAACUACUUGCCCCAGACCUAUGUCUGGGCAAGAAACGUCGAAUUGAUGAUAAAAAAGAGGAGGUCCCAAAAAGCUGUGCCACCUGGCCAUCAUUUCUGGUGGUUAGGUGCACAGAGGAGGGAAAAAGCCUGACAAAGUUGAGCCCUUUUAUUAUCUAUAAGGGACUCAAGUCAGUAGUGGGAGAGCCCAAGAGUGUGUCUAAGCUACACAAAUCACUGGAACUCCUUGUAGAAGUAGACAGCAAGACACACUCUGAUGGGCUUUUAAGAUGCCGAAGACUCUGUGAUCUCCAAGUGGAAGUCAUGCCACACAAGAGUCUGAACACCAGCAGAGGUGUAAUCAGCUCUAGGGACCUACUGGAAUGUUCCGAGAAGGAAAUAGUGGAGGGCAUUGAAGGAGUCACCCAUGCCCGGCGCAUUACCAGGCGCAGGGAGGGUGAGGAGGUCAAAACAGCCACUAUUAUCCUCACAUUCGGAACUAGGACACCGCCAGAGUAUGUGAAGGCAGGAUACCUACGAGUUCCAGUGAGGCCCUACAUACCUAACCCCAUGAGGUGCUUCAAGUUCCAGGGUUAUGGACACGGCGCGGCAGUCUGCAAGAGGAACACUGUGUGUGCCAGAUGUGCUGGAGAGGGUCAUGAGGACAAGGGCUGCACAGCCCAGUUCAAAUGCCCAAACUGUCAAGCUGGCCACUCAGCCUACUCCAAGGACUGCCCUGUGUGGAAACAGGAGGUUGCCGUGCAGGAGUACAAGGCAAGAAACGGAUGUACCUUUAGCCAGGCGAAAUCGGCUGUACUGGCCCUACCCAAGGGCCAAUUCGGCUUGACAAAGACCCACGCCCAGGCUGUUGCUAAGAAAGGAAGAUCCAUAGCCACACAGACGGACACAUUGACCCCACCACCCCCUCCUCCUCCUCCAACUCAGAAGAAAACACCGCCAAAGAACACACCUCUGAAGAAACAAGAAAGCCCUGUUGUCAUGCUAAAGAACAGGUUCUCUGUGCUCGCUGAUGAGAGCAUGGAGACUGAGCAGCAUGUCCAAACCAAUACUCUGAGAGAACCCGGAGACAUCAUGUCUGACACAGGUUCUCCUCAGAGAACCCAGCCAGACACCCCAACCUCUACCGAGUUAGAGGUUGACCAACUCCCUAAGGGGAGAAAUCAAAGCGGAGAGGAUGCCCGAGGUGAGAGAGGAGGAAAUAACCUCCGCUCUAACCAGAGGGAUCUCCCCUCUCCAGAGAGAAAGACUUCCCCCAAAAGGGGGUUGUCCUCCUCUCCAUCCAAACCCAAGAAUAAAAAUACCAAGGUCACUGGAAUAAAGGGAAACCCCUCCGGGGGCCUCCCAAGGCCAAAUAGCUCCAAGUAGGUCAUCUAGAAUAAGCCAUGGAUUCAUGAAUUGUACAGUGGAAUUGUAGAGGCCUCAAGGCCAAUUACGAGGAAAUGCAGCUACUGAUGGACUCUGAGACUCCUGUAGCUGUCUGCUUACAGGAAACAUUUCUGAAAGAUUCCAUCAGCUUCCGAAGCUACAGUGCUUACAGCAAGAAUGUUGAGGAUGCAGAGAGAGCAUCAGGUGGAGUCUGUAUCCUUGUGAAGGAUAGCAUCCCCCAUGAGAGGGUAGAACUACAGACCACACUACAGGCCGUAGCAGCUAGGAUAACCCUUCACAAGUAUAUAGUCAAGCUAAAAUCCAACCCCACGAACCCUUCUUUUGACUCCAUAUUUAACCCCACAGAGGUAGAAUUAUACAAUCGAAGGCCUAACGUCAUACAGCCGUUGGGCCUUCGAAUGAGAGAACCCAUCCAAAAUUUACCCCCACCCAUUGACCAAAUCUCUAAAAUAGAAACCCCUCAGAACCCUCCUUGGCUAAUGAAUAAACCCAAAUUAAAUUUAUCCCUCCUUAAUUUCAAAAAAGAAAAUACAGACCCAAGCAUACUACAAGUCCACUUUAGGGAACGGAGAUUGUGGCACCAUCUACACAGACGGAUCCAAAAUGGAGGGAAAGGUCACGUGUGCCUGCUCCUUUCGGAACAAAACAAUCUCCCGUAGACUCCCUGAUGGCUGCUCCAUCUUUACGGCCGAAUUGCAUGCAAUAUUGCUUGCACUUAUGGCCGUAAAAGCAUCAGAAAGGAGGAAAUUUAUAAUCUGCUCCGACUCCAAAUCUGCAUUGCAAGCUUUGGGGCGGAUGAAGACUGACAUCCCAUUGGUACAUAAGAGCCUGAAGCUGUUAGACCAAAUAACAGCCAACCGUAGGGAUGUCACCUUCAUCUGGGUCCCCUCCCAUGUUGGCAUUGAGGGAAACGAAGCCGCAGACAGAGAAGCAAAGAGAGCCCUAAAUCAUGUGGUGUCAGGAACCCAAAUUCCUUACUCGGACCUGAGACAAAGUAUUGCCUCUGCCACCUAUCGAGAGUGGCAGAACCGAUGGGAGGCUGAGACUCACAGUAAACUCAGGCAGAUUGUGGCGGAUGUCAGGUGGCGGCCCACAUCUAAGGGUCUGACAAGGCGUGGUAGCACGACCAUGUCCAGACUUAGGAUUGGCCACACC